GUGCCAUCAUCUUGGAUGACACCCAACUGCAUUACGAUGGAGGAAUAUGAGAAAUUUUGCAAGAAGCACCUGGCUAGGAUUCAAGGAGAGUUUAUGGAGAAUGGAAUGUCUCCCGUUGUUCAGCGCAGAAAUGUAUCUGUUAUUCGAUUUAAUGGUGUCCCCGUGCUUCCUCCCCUGCUGACUCUGGAGAAGAAGAAAGAACUACAGCAAGACAGACAGAAAGCUCUGGAUCUAGAACGCUGGCGACAGAAUUCGAAACAGAGGCUUUUGCUGACCCGGGUUGAGGAAAUAGUGGCCAACGUACAGAUGAAAAAGAUGUCUAGCCAAAGCGAUUUAGAUCAGUCCGAGGAAGAGAAUAUUCAUUUGGAUUUAGAAUCAGAAGUAUUGAACAGCUCUGCAACAGAACCACCCAGCGUUUUGCCAAAUUCUACUGCUUUCGGUGAACAUCUAGAACCUAAAGAGACCCCAGAUGUUAAGCCAAUGGAUGGUGCAGCAGACGGGACCCCUUUUGAAGGAGCGGAACAAUUUAUCCCUCCUAAUCCCACAGAAACGUCCAGUAAUCCUUUAGAAAAGAGAAUUGGCUCAGAAGAUCCGUUUCCCAGUCUUCCAAGCAUGCCUCCUUCAAACGAGAUUGCCAAGAAAGAUUCCAUUGAUCCCGGGCUAGGUGCUGGGGAAGGUCCCGACCCAUACGUCAUGAGCCUUCAGAACCUCUUAAAAAAAUCCAGGGAGUACAUUCAGAGAGAACAAACACGACGUAGCCUGCGAAGCAGUUCCAAGAGAAACAGCAGCGGAAGCCACCCGGAUAAAGAAAAUAGCGCAGUGAAAACAAACGAGUUGGGGAAAGAGAGAGGGAAAUUGACGGGCAGGAAUACUCCCGUUCCAACCCCGGAGAAGUCCGGCCUUAUCAAGCCCGGCGCUCCUCAACCUUCCUCAAUCUCUAAAAAUCAUGCCAGCGGAGUGACCUCCCCCAGUUUUUCUAAAGUCGAUAUCCCGAUGAGGUCCGGAACGCCUCCCGUUUUGGACUCGGAUUCGGAUGAAGACUUCAAACACGGCUCCCUUUUCGGGAAGGACAGCGUUCUCCGGAGCUUCACGGGGUCUUACUCGAAACUUCCCAGUCUGGAGCCAAGCUUGAGCCCCAAGAUGCACCGGAGACGCCCCAGGCCCUCUUCCGUAGGGCACAUCGUCAUCACCAACCCCGUGAACGCCUACGAGUUGAGUCCCAAAGCGAAGGGAAGAACUGCGGACCUGAUCGUUCAGGAGGGUGGAGGGAGGCCCGCGUCCUCCGAUCCUGUGCCAAACCUCGCUGCCGAUCUUGUCUCCGCGUGUCCCCGCAAAACUCAGGCGUACGACAAGAGCUCCUCCGAUACCUUCAAUGAACUGGUGGUGGGCCAACACAACGAAGUGUGCCCGCUUCCGGCCAAUCGGCAAGAAGGCGGAAGCUUCCUGGCCCAUCCCACUGUAGAAGGAGAGUCGAUGUUAGAAAACGGAGGGGCAUCAAGCAGUCGCCUUGCAAAUCUCAGCCCCCAGGAGCUACGGGAUGUGAGCGGUGCCUUGUUGACCCCGAACCCAGCGAGCCCGCCAGACAAAGUCAAGGGCAGCGUGGUCACGGAACUCAACAAAUCCUACGAUGUACAGCGCCCGUCGCCCUUGCUGAUGCAGCUGCAGAGCAAACCGCCUCUGGAUACCCCAGAAGUGACUUUUAGAAAUGAGCAGCUGUUAGAAAACGGGUUGGAAAAGGUGAAACGUAGACUUGAGCUGGAGGUGGAUGCGGUGCAGAAGGAGAACACGCCGUGGGUUUUGUCCGCGGAAGCCGACGCGCCGGAGAGGCGAUGGCCGCACGAUCAGAGGUAUCCGGGCAGAGCUGGGCUCGAGGCCAAGAACGAAACCCCGGCACGAUGCCUCAGAGAAGAGGAAGCCUUAAGGCAGAAGAUGCGGGCCCUUGCAGAGCUGAGGCAGAAGCUGGAAGAGCAACAUGCCCAGCAGUUGUCGUUGUUGAUAGCAGAGCAGGAACGGGAACAGGAGAGGCUCCAGAAGGAGAUCGAGGAGCAGGCGUGGAGGUUAAAAGAGGAAAAAACCGCAACGGAAAGUGGUAUCCCUUCCAUUAAUAUCGGCAGCGGCGUCGCUCUGGAGUGGAGAAAAAUCACCGAUACUAAUCUGCUGGAAUCGGUGCUGAAUCGAGUUGAGGCUGCACAUAACACCAACUUGGAGAAUGAGGGUUUUGUGAACGCCGGAGCUCCAUUCUACCUCUGGGAGCAGCCAACAAGCGGAAAACCAGUUGUGGCAUCCAGGUCUAUUAGCCGGAGUAAAAUGAGGUGGUCUCAGGUGUACAGCCCUGCCAUGAAAAGGAAAUUCAACAAGGUCUCUGCUCUAGCCAAGGGAUUUUUAACCAGAAGACUCUUGCAGACAGAGAAGCUAAAGCAUCUGAGGCAAACGGUCCACGAUACAAUGGAGUUCAUCAAAAACUUUCAAUCCGAAGCUCUGUCGAAGAGAGGAAAUCUCCCCACUCAAGACGCUAAUCUCCAAGAAAGAGUCGUUGCUCAGCUGCAGGCAGCCCUGUAUGAUAUUCAUGACAUUUUCUUCAAAAUGGAAGCGUCGGAAAGGAUGAGCAUCUUACGUCAAGAUCGAGAAAUUCGCAAAGAGAAAAUGCUUCGGCAGCUGGAUAAAGCCAAGUCCCCAAGAGACAGGGUGACCCUUUCUACAGCUACACAGAAGUCUCUGGAUAGAAAAAAGUAUACAAAGGCUGCUGAAAUGGGAAUCCCAAAUAAAAAAACCAUUGGGAAGCAAAAGAUCUUUGAAAACAGAGUUCUUCAGCCCAACCAAGGUCAAAACGCUCCCAUCCAACGGCUGCUAUCCAGACAGGGAACCUCUAAGGCCUCAGUGAAAGGGGCCGAGCAAAAUAGAAAGAAACCCUCAGACCACAGAGUGCCUAGCAAGGCCCUUUCAGGAGUAUAUGCCGGAAGAAUCCCAAGAAAGAAGCCAAAUGUUGCGACAACCUAAGAAGGCAGCAUUCCCUCGGCUAGGAAGUGGUUUAGCAUUGUCCUUCAAUGUUCUCCAGAUGUUCCUUCAAGGAAUGCGGGUCGAGGAGAGAUCUGUGCGUGGUCCUGUUAAAAGAGACUUAGCAGACUCUGGAACGGAAAUGUGAACGAAGGAAGACGAAGGAAAUAUGAAUGUGAAUAUGAUGGCCAGCCUUCCAUUUGAGUUCUGGGGUUUUUGUGCUUUGCUUACUCCCUCAAGUAGAUAUUUUCAAGCAACCUUUUGAACCAAGGUUGCGUUUUUCAAUUGUGCAAUAAAUAACCCCGGAAGCGUGAUUGCUUUAGAUGUCCAGCAUUCCUGCUUCUCUCUGUCAUGCUUUGGGGAUAGUUCAAAGCACUUCUGAAAAGGAAAUUUUUGGUCUCAGCUCUCUGGAUCAUUUCCAAAGAUGAUUGCACUUUUGGGUUACACAAAGCUUCUCUUGGCCACUUCAGUUCUCUUGGAAAUCAGGAGGGUCAUGAUGUUGAACAUAUAUGUUUCUUUAAGCUUUCAGCCAUGAUGCUAUUAAUCAGAGGGUAUAAAUAUUGUAUUCACCCACCUCCUUUUUUCUGGCUGUGGUCUUGUUUCUGAGCAUGCUAUGAGAUCUUGUUUAUAAGAUGCUGUCAGACUUGAUUUUUGUAGUAACCGUACUAGAAACAUCCUCUUUAAAAAAUGAUAACAACUAUUAGGUAGGCAGGGAAGGUUAUUUUGCUAAACAUUUGCCUCACUUCUCUUUUUAAAUCCAGAUAUCUGGUAGUGUUUUUUAUAAACAACAUUUGAAUAAUGAACGACCAGUGCUAAUAAUAAGUUGGACUAACAUUGUGCAACUUAUACUAGUCCAAGGUUACUUAUUUAACAUUGGACUAAUGGUAAUUUUAUUUUAUUUUUAUUUUAUUUCAAAUUUAUAUACCGCACCUUCUCCCGAGGGACUCAGGGCGGUGUACAGCCAGAUAAAAACAUACAAUACAAACAUUAAAAACAAUUAAAAAGAUAUAUAUUAAUUUGGCCCCAAUUUAAGAUAACAAACCAAUCAAAAAUUGAAAAAUAUGUUAAAAAAUAUGUUAAGCCAGCCCGGCUUGCUGAAAAAAGGACUAACAUUGUCCAUCUUUUCUCUUUCAAGAUAUAACAUGAGAUUAACCACCAUCUUAAUUUCACAGAAAAACUAGAUGAACAAAAGCAUUUCUGAAUACAAAUUGUAUUUAUGUAAAUAUUGUUUUGGAGAGGCAGGAAAAGCAGAGUGGAUUUUAGUGUGGUUUUGAAAGAUUGAAACAAGACCAUGUUGGGAAAUAAAUUGGUGCGCUCCUUUUAGCUUAGUAGUGGCUUUAUCCCAGUAGCAUCUUUAGUCACAGUUAAUGUCUAAUGUUAAUUUUACAUGUUCAGGUGGUAUUAAUAUUUUGCCAUUGGUAGAGGUUUCAGAUGUGGUGUCGCUGAAAUCAUUCCCACGAAUUGAAAAAUUAAUGGGGUUAACUUUAUACAUGGGUACAGUUAUUUAUACUCAGAUGCUUAUAAACUUACGUGUAUCUUCUAAUGCUUUUAUUACAUCAUGCAGUGUUUUUAAAUCACAUUUGGGACUGGGGCUGUCUUGAUGCCAGUUUUAAAAAAAAGUCAAGGAUUAUUGAUAGAAUGAUAAGCCAAACUUGCUUUUUUAUCCUGGUUUAUUGUAGACAAAAGUCCCAUACAGAUGGAUAAACAAAUCAACAAUAUAAACUUUUAAGCAACAUCCAGCCCCAGCCCUGGAUUUCUCAUCUUGACUAACCCCAACUUAAUUACAAGCAUUUGGUCAAACAAGCAUCUGGUUUGAACUUUGCACAAAUGCUUUGUAUUUCUAGCUUUUUAAGAAAUCUGCUUCUUUGCUUGUUUUAUAUGCUUAUCUGAAGGGAAGUCUGAAAUAGGAGUGAAUGAGUUACAGAGAUUGGCUCUGCUUUCACGGUAAAAAUGGACAAGCCACAAAUUGUGAUGUAACCAAUCAUGGUUUUAAGGAUUGCCCUUGGCUAAUUUGAGGCACAUAAUUCAAACGCUUGUCACGGAAAUAAUUCACUGCAUUCUGGUUUUAAAACUAUUUUCAAUGCUCUUGCCUGAGGUUCAAAAAACCUGAACUGAAGAUUCACAAGCUGACUUAAAAAUUGUGGUUGUUACCUUGUAUGUUAAGCUAGUUUACAUGUUGUGUCGAUGCUAAAAGUAAUCCAAUUGUGUGCUGUGGAGUUAGACAUAGGCUGCAUGUAAAUAGAACUUGUUUUGAAGUACAAGUUCUGUAAUUCAAAUGGACCUUUUGAUAUUUUAGCACAAAACUUUUUAUUUAUAAAUUAACAGCGUAUGGCCUUCUAUUUAUAAGUGCCAGGAUGCCUUUUGUAACUUAAUGUUUCAUAUUUAUUUAUUCUCAAAUUUGUUUGCCUUUUUUUUUUGAGUGGAAUGCCAUGCUAUUAUAAGCCUUAUUUUUGUAUGUUGGUUUUCACCUGUCCUUUUUUAAAAAUCUCUUUUAAGUAUAUUACACAAAUAAACUUUUUUUUAAAAAAAAAAAA